AGCGGAAAAUGUUACAAGAUGAAUUCUACAAGCGAUCAGACUGAUUCAGAUGCAGAUGUGAAAAGUUUGGCUGGAACGUCCAUUGUCGAUUUUCUACAUCAGCUUGAAGAUUAUUCGCCCACUGUUCCAGACGCUGUUACAUCGGCAUACCUCAAUUCAGCUGGUUUUGAAUCGUCUGACCCAAGAAUUGUGCGACUGAUCUCGCUGGCGGCACAGAAGUUCAUCUGCGACAUCGCGAAUGAUGCGCUGCAACAUUGCAAGGUGCGCAGCAGCAACGUAACAGCCAGCAAGUCAGCCAAGACCAAGGACCGGCGCUACACUCUCACCAUGGAAGACCUGGCUCCGGCCCUCGCCGAGUUCGGAAUCACCGUUCGGAAGCCGCCUUACUUUAUCUGAGUUUCGCCAAAACCGUUCAAGUAUUUUCUAAUUCACACUCGGAAAAUUAAUUGUUCACAAGUCGCCUUACUACAUCUAAGUUUCGCCAAAAAUAAACUGUUUGUAGGUAACUGUUUUCAAGUUGUUUGUAUGUAAUUAACACUCGGAAAAAUAAAAGUAUAUCUGAGAUACAUUCACUGCAAUAAAUAGUUUGUAAUUUACAUUCAGGAAAAUAAAAGUUUCAUUUAUAAAAAU